CCUCCGAUCGCUCCUGCGAAGUGGAGAGGAGUGAUGAACGCUACGCAUUAUGGGCCCUGCUGCGCUCAGCAGUAUGAAUUGUACAAAGACAAAAAUUUGGUCGAACUUGCCAGGAUUAGACGCUCUGAAGACUGCCUAUACUUGAAUGUUUUUGCUCCUCCUCAGUAUUACAACGAAAGUUUUCCGGUGAUAGUAUGGAUUCAUGGCGGUGGUUUCCAGACUGGAUCUUCUGCUGACUACAAGCAGGAGUCAAUUUUAAGAAACUUCGUCAGCCGUCAUGUCGUUUUCGUAACCUUCAAUUAUCGUCUUGGACCUCUGGCGCAACAUCCACACGUUUGGUGGCAACCCGGAGAGCGUAACGUUGAUGGGCCAUGGCAGCGGGGCAGCUUCAGCGUCGAUACUUGCCUUGUCGCCGCGAGCCGAAGCCCGGGGAUGAUUCGCACUACUGCCAUAAACGCAACAUGGCUGCUGCAAGAGCAUCUAGGUUGCCGAGCGUCGAACUCUAGCCAAUUGCUUGAGUGCUUGAAAACAAGGCAUCGUAAUGAUCUUUUAGAUCCAAAAGCACCGAGAGUGCAUUAUGACAAUUACAAUGAAUGGGUGCCCGUAGUCGAUGGAUAUGGUGGCGUCAUACCAGAAUCUCCAGAAAUUUUAGCUUCGUAUCGUUCUACGGUUCCAAUUUUGUUAGGAACUGCGUACCACGAAAGUGCAUUAAAUUUCGGUACGCAAAAUAUUUUUGCAAUAUAAGU